GUUGUAUUUAUAUAAACGUUAUGACUUGGACUGAAGUUCAAGCAAAGGUUGUUGUGCUGCUAUCUCUAUAUUCUGUAUGUUUUGCGAAUCCUCUGUCAAGGGGACAGUCUUUCGUCAUUGCAGAAAGUGAAGAAUUAGCGAGAGAGAAAAGACAUGCAUCGUCUUAUCAUGGACCAGAUGAGCCCCAUCACAGUUUGCACGUCACGAGUGUCGUCCAGUCAAGAUUUGCAAGAGUAUCGUUUGUGAAUAAAAUAGCGAACACUGAACGCUCAGCGAAAGAAGUUGUUUUUUCAGUAAGGCUUCCAGAAGCAGCCUUUAUCACAGAAUUCGACAUGAUUGUUGGCGGUGUGAAAUUUGUCGGGAAAAUACGAGAGAAGAAAGAGGCAAAAGAGCAGUACGAUCGCGCCGUCGAAAAGGGUAACACUGCGGGUCUGGUUGUUGCGGAUGUUCGGGAGACUCAGACCUUUGAUGUUACUGCCAAUGUGCCUGCUCAAUCAAGUGUGGAAUUUCAUCUUGUUUAUCAGCAACUAUUGAAGCGGAGGCUAGGGCAAUAUGAUCAUACAAUUAUGGUGAACCUGAGAGAGGUCAUUGAUCAUUUUGUGAUUGAUAUAUUCAUAACGGAAAGAUCCGGAAUUACAUCGAUAUCUACUACAUAUGCUGGUGAGGGUAGUGGAGCCAGAGACAAGGGUCUGAGAGGACGAGAUUCAGACGGUAUACUACAAGUCAAUACUGAUGUCAGAAGAAGCAAAUACCAGGCUAAAGUCACAUUCAAGCCAACACCAACCGAAAUGCGUCGUCUUAUAACUUUACCUGAAGAUGAACAAAAAUUUACUGUAAAUUAUGACGUUACUCGGGAAGAUUUAGGUGGAGAAAUUCAAACAAGAAACGGAUACUUUGUUCAUUUUUUUGCGCCAGAAGAUCUUCCAGUUUUACCCAAGAAAGUUGUUUUUGUGAUUGAUAGAAGUGGAUCGAUGUCCGGGAAAAAAAUCUCGCAAACCAAAGAUGCAUUUGUAUCGGUCAUAAAAGAACUCAAAGACUCCGACCAAUUCAACAUUGUGUCAUUCGCGAGCAGCCUAACUAUAUGGUCGGACACCGAGGCCGGUUUAGUUGACGUAACUAAAGCGAAUCUAAAUAACGCCAUUACACACGUAAACGGCAUUCGUGCUGCAGGAGGGACCGAUAUCAACAGUGCCUUAACAGCAGCUUCUGAAUUACUCUCUGGAGUAACGAUCGAUGACAAAGUUUCAGCAAUGAUAAUUCUUUUAACUGAUGGUAAUCCGACGUCGGGAAUUACAAGAAUAUCUAGUAUCCGAAAAUAUAUAAAAGAAAAAAUUGCAGGACGAUUUUCUCUGUUUUGUCUUGGAUUUGGCGAUGAUUUGGAUCAUGACUUUUUAAAACGAAUGGCAAAUGAAAACGACGGAAUAGCCAGAAAAAUUUAUGAAGAUUCCGACGCCGACUUACAAUUGGAAGGAUUUUUUCAAGAAGUUGCGACACCACUUUUGCUCAAUGUCAAAAUGACUUAUUUAGGUGUGAACUUGGCAAACAUCAGUCAAACAGAUUUUAGCAAAUUCUUCAGAGGAUCUGAAGCUGUUGUUGUUGGAGCAAUAGCCAAUGGCGAUGACAAAACGAAAGUUGUUGAAUCAACGAUCAAAGGAACAUCUAAGGAUGGUGAAGUAGAAUAUAAUGUAAAAAGCAAAGAAUUAGAUAAAACAUUUCAACACUGGCACAAAGAAACUGGCGCAUUUGAAGAUUUUAUAGAACGUUUAUGGGCGUAUUUCACAAUACGCGAUCUUUUGGAAAAAAGAACUUUAUCCUCAAGUCGAAGAGAAGUUUAUCAUAUUACAAGUGAAGCAUUACGCUUAGCUCUGAAAUACAGUUUCGUGACUCCUCUCACAUCGAUGGUGGUUACAUUACCUGAAGAUGAAAUAACAACAACCCCUGCUAGGCCCACAAUAAUUCCAACAAUACCUCCGUGUUAUCAUCGAGGUGUAGUCAUUCCUCGACGACAUUUGCUUCUACGACCUCCUAUAUGGUGCCCCUAUAUCUUGUCAGUGGCAAGAGAUAGCAGCUCGUCAGAUAGUGGAAGGGACUCUUCCUCUACCAAAACCCUUUCCGGAAGAGUCAUAGGUGCUCGACCUUCAGGGGCCCGAAGACCAGGAAGGAGACCUCCUAGUGCGACGCAACGUGGUUUACGUCGAGAUUUCGGUGGAGGUUUCAGGAGGUUUCGGCAAGCUCUACCAAGACCCAGACAACCUGGUCAACCAGGACAACCUGGUAAAUCAGGACAACCUGGCCAAUCAGGACAAGCUGGUCAAUCAGGACAACUUGGUCAAUCAGGUCAACCAGGAAAACCAACGACAGACAUAGGAAUCUGGAAUAAAUGUAGUGGAAAACUCGACGACGAAAGCGGUACAAUACAACUGCCGCAUGACAUUAGGAAGACUCCAUUUCAAUGUGAAUGGAAGAUUGAAUUAUCAGAAAAUAAUUGGAUGGACUUAAAAGCGGAAACUCUUAACACUACUCAAAACCAAGUGAUCGUCACAAGCCAGGGCAAAACUAUUCUAGAACAUAAAGGUGGAAUCUCCGAGAUGAAAUCCCUGUCGAUACAGCAUAACACAGCGACUGUUUUGUUGACAGUUUAUCCGAAAGAUGAUCGAUGGCCAGGAAUUGUGAUUUCUUACAAUGAAUUCAAUCCAGAUCGUCCAGUGCAACAGAUUGUCACACCGAAGGAACCUGAAUUUGCCCUGAAUCAAUCUAUGAAGAAUUGUGGUGACGAUGUUUCAUCUUCUGAUAGCAAAGAAGGCAUCAUCACAUCUCCUGAGUAUCCAAAAAUGUAUUCAGACAACGCAUAUUGCAUAUGGAAUUUUGCCAACACAGAUUCGAGUCACAAAUUGCGUUUAACCAUCAUUGAUAUAGAUAUAGAAAUGGGAUCAGGAGAUCAAUGCAAUCACGAUAAAUUAGUUAUCAAAAAUGGGGAGAAUGUGCAACAAAUCUGUGGAUACAACCUGCCAGAUGAAAUCACGACAUCGGAUGAAAAGAUAUCGAUUGCAUUUUUGAGUGAUGAUAGUUUGGGAGCUGGUGGUUUCAAAAUGCGAUACCGAUUUAUUCCUAAGUAACAGUUUCUCCUUAUCAUUUUGUCGAUUUUACAAAAUAAUCAGUAAAGUUAAUUUGAUGUGUUCUUGUUUUCUUUUUUCAAAAUGUUAUAACAACCUGUUUUAUGUUUUCAACAGCUACCAGUUAGAUUCUAAAAUUUUCACAAAUGAUCAUAGUAAUAAAUCGACUAAAUUUAUUUUUAAAAAUAUUUGUACAUGUGAAAGAAAAUACUUUUGCUGUUUUUAUAAUAUUACAUCCAAAAUAUUUUAGUGGGAGAGGAAUAAAUACUGGGCAUGUAUAGUAAUACUUGAAAUUUUUGUGAAACACAAAGAAUUGCCAGUACUCGUAUUGAAAUAUUUUUCUUCUAAUUGCUAUGCCUCAUUUAUGCCUGCAUUGCUUUUAUUGGAUAUAA